GCCCCGUUUUGCGUGGCUGCAGCUGGAAGUGGGUGGAGAAGGGGAAGCGGCUGGCCGCAGAAACCCCCCCCCCUUCCCUUCCCUUCCCUUCCCUUCCUUCCUUCCUUGAGCGGCUGCGUCUCCCGGGGGAACCACCGGAGACGCGCCGCUUCCCGGCGCUGGUUGCAAUCCAUUCUGCAAGCGGGGGAUCCUUUCCUUGCAACAAGGUUGCAACGGACACGGUCCUGCGUGGGUGGAAACAUCUCUAACCCACCUUGCAGGGGGGCGGCGGUGGUGGUCACGCGUGGCCAGGGCGAGGGGGGUCUUCUUUGACCCCCAUCACCACCACCACUCCCAGCAGAAGCCCUACCUGGCUGGAUCGCUCGCAGCCCCGUCCCGUCCUGUCCCCUCCUAACCUCUUCUUCCCCCCACAACGCCAUCCUACCCCACUUCCACGCAACUACCCCGGGAUUGCCCGCUGCGCUCUAGCCUGGAUGAAGCUGAGAUGGCUUGGGGCUUGGAUGAAAAGAGGAUGAAAAGAGGAGCCUUCAAGCCAAAUAGGAAGUGACGGUUGAUGGAUGAGAGCGUCUGCCUGCUUCAGUCAGCUCCAUGAAGGCCGCCCGAGGGUUGGGCGCUCCCUUGCAACGCAAAGGAAGAGUCUACAGGAUCAAGGCCACGGCGUCGUUUGUGGACGAAUCGCUCUUCGGUAACCAAGGAAAACACCAACCUUCCAGCCCGGAGUUUGAGCCACCCUGGACGGAGGCCAAAACUCAUGGUCAAAGACCCCUGCUAUGGAGUCCGGACACCAGGCAUGUAGAUUCCGGUCCUUUGAAAUCCCCCCAAUCGGUCAGCACUCCAAGGAAGAGAAAUAAAUACAGGUUGAAAAGCCACACACCAUCCUAUUGCGACGAGACUCUAUUUGGGUCCAAGCCAGGAGGACACGAAUGGACAACCUCCUGGGCCACCAGAGAAGACGUGGCUAAACUCCGCCCUUUGCUCUGGACUCCGCCUUCGGCUCCAAGAGACCGCCCGGUCCUUUUCCACCGUCCACCGAAGGAGGUAGUGACCUCUACGGGAAAGGACAGAUUGGAAGCCAACCACAAAGCAGGAACCUCUUUUUGGAAGCCACCUGAGACCUGUUCAGACGUGGCCACCCAAGUCAUGAGUAGGCCACGUUCCCAGUCUCUCGUCAGACUGUACGAGACUUCCGAUCGAUUUCGCCCAGCAAGAUCCAAUCAACAGCAGGACCAACGUACCCCUACUGCUUCUUUGGGAGCACUUCUCACUCCCCGUUCGAAAGGGUUGCCUGGUUCCUCUGCUCGGACCACAAGUUCACGGUCAGGGAAACCUCCCUGGAGGUAGAACAGCCCAACCCAUCCUUA